AUGUCGCGUCAUAACAGCGUGGACCUAGACUCACCCGAUCGGCCUUUCGACAACAUCAUCAAUUUCCGUGAUGUCGGCCGGUCAGUUAACCAAUUUUGUCGCAAAGAAAUCUUGAAAGAAGGCGUGUUCUUCCGCAGUGCGAGGCUCGAUGAUGCCUCAGAACGAGAUAUACGCCGUUUAACAGAAGAACUACAAAUCCACACCGUCAUUGAUCUCCGUUCCCAAACAGAACACCAAAUGGGCACGCGCAAACGUCGAAGCGAAAACUACAAAUCAGAUUCCGAAAAAUCACCAUCACCAACAGACCCAAUCCCAACAAACCCAGACGAACACCUCCUCCAAAUCCCCGGCUCAAAACGAGCUCUAAUAAGCCUAACAGGCAAAGGCUUCGAACGCGCCCUAUUAUCCAAAUUGGACUGGUUCACAUAUCUCAAAGCAAUCGGCCUGGUUACAACGGGCUACCGCAGCGACGCCGUGCGUCUAGUCUGCGGGUCUGCAAUGCAACCGCGCGGACUCACCGGACUAGCGCAAGACACGCUCGAUUCAAGCAUGGGCGAGAUCCGCUCCGUAUUCGAGAUCCUGGCGUGCGAGGAAUCAUAUCCAACCUUAGUGCAUUGCACGCAGGGAAAAGACCGCACGGGUCUGGUUGUGAUGCUUAUGUUACUGCUUGUUGGGGGUGUGCCGGUUGAUGCGAUUGUUGAUGAUUACAGUCGCUCGGAACUGGAGCUUGUGUCGGAGUUUGAGGAGAGGAUGGAGGAGAUUAGGGCUAUUGGGCUUGGGGAGGAUUAUACGCGUUGUCCGACGGGUUUCGUUAGUGAUACUACUGAAUACCUUGAGACGAGGUAUGGGGGUGUUAGGGGGUAUUUGGAGAGGGUUGGGGUUGGGUUUGAAAUGCAGGAGAGGGUUAGGGCGAAGUUUUUGGUUUGA